AAAAGGAGGACAGGAAGAGUUUUCCUGACAGCCCUCAUAUUGGACACGCCCCCAACGCCUGCAGCAGAUCACACCGUUUAAAAUCAGCUGCUGAAGCCAAAGGCUACUGACUCAACCGCCGAGCUUUAGCUUCUUCUGUCUAACAGCUGGUGUCCAAUUACAGAAUUCAUUAAAGUCUUCUCCUGCCUGCAGAGCAGCUGCCACUGCAGACACACCUGGGGACACAAACAGUUCAACUUUUAAUCCUACAGAAAAGUAGGAAAACCCCAUUUUGUUGGGAAUUUGGGACGUGCAAUGUUUAUUUGUGUUUAAAUUGAAAAGAUGAGAGGACAGCGCCGCAAAAAGUCUUCAGGAGCCGGACUGUGUUCAUCCAAGGCAGACCUGUUUGUCCCUGGAGACACCUCCAGCACCAAGACUGGCAGAAAUAAAGGUUCAACAUGUUCUCUGUAUGAAGGUGACAAGGUGUACCUGGGGGUCCGAGUCAGGAUGCCGGUGAAAGACAUGCUGAAGAACAUCCGGCUGUCCCAGGGCCACGACUCCACACAGGUUCAGAAAGGACCAAAAACAGCCUCAGCAGGAAACCUGAAGCGAGCCAGAACUCGCCCGAAAAGCCAAGCCAUCAGGGUCCAACACCAAGUGAAGGGCUUGGAGGAACUGGCCAUCAUCAUCGAGGUUCUGGAGGAGGAUCUGAAAACCAGCAGCACCUGUCAAUCACCAACCCACAGCCCACCCUCCUCCAACUCUCCAGGGGCUUCGGAGCUUUCUCCAGCUGACUCGAGUUGUGACGAUGACUAUGAUGAAAUCAUUCCCAGCCCAGACUCCUACACAGCUUACUCUCCCAGCUCUGAGUACCAGUCGCUGGGUUCCCCCCCUGACUGCAUGUUCUCAGGCCUGCAGCCCACCAGCAUGGGCAGCCUGCAGAGACCUGCUGACAGAGAGGAGUGGUUCCAGCAGCAGGUCCACUGGGACCAGAACAGCUCUGCUUUCUUCUGGAUGCAGCUGCAGAGGGAGGAGAGCCAGCUGAGGGCCACCUCUGAUGCUGACCUGCUGGGUGCUGAUGAACACGGCAGGAGUCCUGAGACAAGCCAUGGUGGACGGGGUGAACAUUGACGUUGACGCUGUUGAUGUCUUUGGAAUGAGUGCGCUGCAGUGUGCUGCUGUAGCUCUGAAGACCAACAUGAGUGAGGUUAAAGGCAGCCUGUCUCCAGAUCACAGCAGACUGCAGACACUUCGCCAGGAGUACAUGAGGGAGACCCUGGAGUGUCUGCUGCAGAUCAGCAGCUAUCAGCAUAGCACAGCCUGCCCAGCUGCUGCAGGGGAGCUGACGAAUGAAGUUCAGAGUUGGCUCAGCAGCCAGCACGUUUGCCUGGCAGGGCAUUUUGCAACCCCGACAGUAAUGUUCUGAGUUAGUUCAGGCUUGACUCGUGCUGUUAGGGACUGCAAUUGGCUGGUCCCUUUCUGCACGAGGACGAGUUCAGGCCUGUUUCUAUGUGAAGCAUCUGAUAUUCUGUGUGGGUGAAAACAUCUGACUUGCAAUCAAAUGUUUUAUUUCAGCCUGCACAGAAAAGUUGGAUGCACAAUGUCUGGUUUCUAUGAAACUUCCAUUGUUUGUUACAUAAAUGUGACAAAAUGUCCUCAAGCAUCUGUGUCCACUAAGAUUCCAGUGUUGGAUGGCAGUGUAUUAUUACACAGUACACAGUACGACGACAGACAUUCAGGUCAAGGAUUAAUAAAACUCUCCUUUGCAUCAGUCUGAGACUGGGAAAUGUUAAGUUUUUAUUCAGCAGUUUAAAAAAUGAAACUCACCUUAGAUCAUA